AAUUACUAAAAAUAUUAUAUCAAUAAACUAAUAAACUAUUUGCGGAACUUUGAGGAAAAAUUUCUUUAAUAAACAAUUUCGCAAUUGAUUUAAAAUAACUAAGAAAGUGUUAACAAAAGGUGUUAAAAAAAAAAAAAAAAAAAAAAAAAAAAAAAAAAACUAUUUUGAAAUUUAUAUGAGAUCUUGCAGAUCUUUGCUAUAUAAGAUCUGUUGCGAUUUGAUGUAAAAGCCAGACGAAGUACUAUUUAUUGAAACCGUAUUUAAUAUUAAAUAAAUAAAACGCAUCAUGACCACUACAAUAACGAGUCUCCUGCAAGCCCUACAUAUAAUACCAACGCCGUCUAUUAAACAGAAAACUUCGCAAUCAGUGACAACAACAAACAAAUCUAAUGUGAGUCUCACAGCGACCUCAUUACCGGAAAUUUGUCUUAAAAUCGUUGCUCAGCACGAUGAUUACUCAGAUUGUUGGAUCGUUGUCUACGAUCGUGUGUACGAUGUAACAAAUUUCUUACAGGAUCACCCGGGCGGUUCGGACAUAAUAAUGGAUUACGCAGGCCGUGACGCCACUUUAGCAUUUCACGGUACCGGGCAUUCGCGCGAUGCUAUCGAACAGAUGCGUGAAUAUUUAAUUGGUGAACUUCCAUCACAGGAACGCAUCUUUCGUACCAAAAACACUCAGGUAUUAUUGAAAGGAAUACCUGAGUAAAAAAAAAUACUGAAUCUAAGAAUUUUCAAAAGUAUUUUUUAUUUUGUAAUCUUUCAUUUUUGUUUUUUUUUUUUUCAAUUUCCUGACUCUAGUAACCUUGAAAUGUUAUUUUCCGUGAAAUUGUUUUCCGUUUUAGUAUUUUAUGUGUGCUGAUGUGCUAGUUGGAAUUUUGAUAUUCUCAUUAAUUAAAAAUGCAUGUAGAAUAUCUGCUCAUAAGUGUAUAUAUAUAUAUAUAUA